AUGUCAACAUAAUAAAAUGGAAAGGGGUAAUAAGGUUAAAAUGAUAUGACAACGUAAAGAAGAAAAAAUGAAGCUAAUCUAAGAGUAGCUCUUUAAUAUUAUUCUUCAUAUGGAAAAUUAAAUGAUGAUCAUUCUUUAGAACAAGUUUCUGCAGGUUUGGCAAGUUUAGAGUUCAUGAAACGAAACUGUCCUGAAGGAACAAAAUUAGAGGAUUUUUGUAUACAAUCAGGAUAAUAUUUUGAAUAUGAACAAUAUAAAUAUGGAGACAUUAUAUUUCACUAUGGUGACAUAGGUGAUAAGGUUUAUGUGAUUCUAAAAGGAGAAGUUGCUGUUCUAGUACCAAGAUCUGAAAGCGAAAUAGAAGGUGAAAGAGAAGAAAUAAGUUUAGCAAAAUAACCUUUCGAUUAUGAAAUGUUUUGGAAAAAUAAGAAACCUAUAAAACAAAUUCAUAUUGAAGUGUUAUUAGCAUAAACAAAUUCAAAUGUUUAUUUUUAGAACAAUGUUUGUAUGUUUAAGAAAGUUUUUUAAUUUUAUUCUGGAUAAUCAUUUGGAGAUGUUGCACUUAUUUCUGAUAAACCAAGAACUGCUAGUAUUUUAGUUACAUCUGAUUAAAUCUUUUUAAUUAGUAUGUGUAAAAAGGAUUUUAAGAUUUUAUGUGAAAAGUCAGUUCUAGAAAUGAAUUAAACCUUAGAUUAUUUUGUUAAAUUAUUUCCUAACGUCGGAAGAAUGCAAAUAACUAAAUUUAUACAGUUUUUUCAUAAAAUAGACUUUCCUCCACAAUAAUUAUUAUGGAGGGAAGGGGAAUAAAUUAAAUUUUUUGUAUUGAUAUAUAAAGGAAGAGUAGAAAUCAAAUAAUCAUAAUAACCUUUAUAUUAAGUGUCUGAUUAUUCUUUUAUAGGACAUGAAGAAAUCUUAGAAGGUAUGUAAUUUCGACAAUAUACAUGUAAAACAUUAGAUAAUACAACUUUAUAUUUCAUGGAAUAUGAAGAUUUUAAUAGUGCUAGAAAAAAUGCUCCAGACAUUGUUAAAUUAUUAAUUGAGAAAGCUAAACUUAUGACUUCUUAUCUUGAAUAAAGAAAAGAUGAAGUGAAAAAAGGAUAGAUCUAUGUAGAACCACUUAUCUUACCUGUUGAAAGAAGAUUAGUUAAAGAUAUGUUUGUAAUUAAAUCUCCUAGAAAAAACGAAAUUAGAUCAAAUUAACCAAAAUGUUUAAGUUAUUUUGACAUAACAAAAUUUAAUAAAUCUAAAGCUAAACCUAAUAAUAUAAACACAUAAUAAUCUAUUUCUGAAGAUUUGUUCUUUUCUAAAGAGAAGAAUAUUAAAACUACUCGAUCUCCAUCCAAUUUUACUUAAAAAAUUUCCCCUAUUAAUAAAUAAAUGAAAAAUAUUUUGAUGAAAAAAUUUAAGUUAAAUUUUAAAUUUAAUGCUUUAAAUUCAUUUUAAAUUAGCGCUUGUAAAUCAGUUUAUGAAUUUAGUAGCAAAAGUAGAUUUAAAACAGAACCAAGUAUUGAUAAUUGA